AGGCGCCUUGAGGCCAGGAGCUGGUGCCUGUGCCAGGCUGGCUUCGUAUACAACCGUGCAUCCAGGCCGGAGGCUGGCAUGGGAGGAGCAGGCACGGUUAGAUGCCUGGGUUCAUCACAAGGUCUCCUGGGCGAGGCAGGUGCCCUCAGUUGCUGGUUGAGAAGACGACCGACUCGCCAGCGGCCGAGUUCUCGCUGGUGGAGGACGUGGCGCUGCACUUCGCCUGCUUGAUGGGCCGCCUGAACGAGCAGCGCCUCUUCCAGCCCGACCUGUGCGACGUGGACCUGGUGCUGGUGCCGCAGCGCAGUGUCUUCCCGGCCCACAAGGGCGUGCUGGCCGCCUACAGCCAGUUCUUCCACUCGCUCUUCACGCAAAACAAGCAGCUGCAGCGCGUUGAGCUGUCUCUGGAGGCGCUGGCACCGGGCGGCCUGCAGCAGAUCCUCAACUUCAUCUACACGUCCAAGCUGCUGGUCAACGCCACCAACGUGCACGAGGUGCUCAGCGCCGCCUCGCUGUUGCAGAUGGCCGACAUAGCUGCGUCCUGCCAGGAGCUGCUGGACGCCCGCUCCCUGGGCCCACCCGGCCCCAGCACUGCAGUGGCGCUGGCCCCACCAGCCGCGAGCUGCAACCCAGCCACACCGCCCUACUACUGUGACAUCAAGCAGGAGGCUGACGCCCCUGGGCUGCCGAAGAUCUAUGCCCGAGAGGGUCCUGACCCCUACUCGGUGCGUGUGGAGGACGGGGCAGGUACUGCUGGGGACACAGUGCCAGCCACCCUGGGGCCGGCGCAGCCCUUCUUCAAGGAGGAGAAGGAGGCCGGUGUGGAGGCGGCUGGUGGCCCGUGCAAGCUGGAAGGGGGCGAGGGGCUGGAGGAAGCGCUGGAGGCAGCCGGCAGCUACAGCCGGCAGGAGCAGUCGCAGAUCAUCGUGGAGGUCAACCUCAACAACCAGACACUGCACGUGUCCACAGGGCCCGAGGGCAAGCCAGGGCCGGGCGCCAGCACAGCCACCAUGGUGCUGGGCAGGGAGGAUGGGCUGCAGCGACGUUCGGAGGACGAAGAGGACGAGGAGGGGGAGCAGGAGGAAGGAGGAGAGGCAGGGAGGAACGGAGGUCAGGAGGAGGAGGAGGAGGGUGGCAGUGAGGGAGAGGAGGAGGAGGAAGAGGAGGGGGAGGAAGAGGGGGAGGAGGGGCACAGCGAGCAGGGCCCUGAGAGCUCGGAGGAGGAAGGGGAGGAGGAGGAAGGGGGGCCCACAGGCAGGCAGGGCUCGGCAGGCCCUGGGGGUCGCCAGGGCGGCCAGGUGGACCCCACUGCCCAUGGUCGCAUGGCCACGAGGUCCCGGGAGAACGCACGCGCUGGGCGCCGGGCUGCCUCUGAGCCCCAGGAGGCCAGGCGGCGUGGGAAGCGGCCAAAGCCCCCUGGGGUGGCGCCCACCCCGGCCCAUGCACCGCCGGCCGCAGAUGGGCUAGGGGCCAAGGUGAAGCUAGAGGAGAAGCAGCACCACCCAUGCCAGAAGUGCCCCCGGGUCUUCAACAACCGCUGGUACCUGGAGAAGCACAUGAAUGUGACACACAGCCGCAUGCAGAUCUGCGACCAGUGUGGCAAGCGUUUCCUGCUGGAGAGUGAGCUGGUGCUGCACCGGCAGACAAACUGCGAGCGCAACAUCCAGCCAGCCCCCUGGAGCCAUCCCUGGGGCUCUCCACGUUGUCGGGCACAGGUCCUGAUGGUGUCCGUGGACUGUGCCUGUGGUGGGCUGCCUGUGUAUCCUCGCAGCGCAGCGAGGCGAGGCCAGCGAAGGGGCCGGAGCCCCCUGAAUGUGCAGUGUGUGACGUGCGGGAAGGCCUUCAAGAAACUGUGGUCCCUUCACGAGCACAACAAGAUCGUGCAUGGCUAUGCAGAGAAGAAGUUCUCCUGUGAGAUCUGUGAGAAGAAGUUCUACACCAUGGCGCAUGUGCGCAAGCACAUGGUGGCCCACACCAAGGACAUGCCCUUCACCUGUGAGACCUGCGGGAAGUCCUUCAAGCGAAGCAUGUCUCUCAAGGUGCACUCGCUGCAGCACUCAGGGGAGAAGCCCUUUCGGUGUGAGAACUGCAGCGAGCGCUUCCAGUACAAGUACCAGCUGCGCUCGCACAUGAGCAUCCACGUCGGGCACAAGCAGUUCAUGUGCCAGUGGUGCGGCAAGGACUUCAACAUGAAGCAGUACUUCGACGAGCACAUGAAGACGCACACCGGGGAGAAGCCCUACAUCUGCGAGAUUUGCGGCAAGAGCUUCACCAGCCGGCCCAACAUGAAGCGGCACCGGCGCACGCACACCGGCGAGAAGCCCUACCCGUGCGACGUGUGCGGCCAGCGCUUCCGCUUCUCCAACAUGCUCAAGGCGCACAAGGAGAAGUGCUUCCGCGUGAGCCUGCCUGCCGCCACCAGCACGCAGCCCGCGGGGCUCGGCCCGCCGCCCUUCCCCGCAGGGCCUGGCGCACACCACUGAGACCGCAGCCCUGGCCCGUGGGACCACCGCAGGGACACCUCGUCCCCAUGCCCCUCCGCCACUCCUGGAAGCCUCGGCUCCUUUGUUCAGUGUAUUUUUGGAAGAGAAGGUAGAGGAAGGAGUUUGCAGCGGCCCUCUAGGUGAGGGCGCUGCUGCCCAGGGUGGGGCGUCCUGGGCAGACUCGGUGCUCGCCCUCACCUGUGCUCAGACCGGCUCGCUUCUCCUGGAGGCCUGGAGAUGCGGGCUGACCGGAGGGCGUGGAUGCUGAGGCGGAGCUCAGGCUGGACCCCGGGACUGUGGGCCAGGAGGAGCCGGGGGCCGAGACUGCAGGCCGGGAUCUGGGAGUGGGGCAGACAGGGGCUGGCCCCGAGGGUUUGCCCUGCUCGGUGACACUCCUGCCAGCGGUGGAGAGGUCCCCGGCCUGCUCCGGCUGCCAUGAGGGCCCAGAAGCAGCUGGGCCUCUGCGCGGUGACCAGGCCCUGGGCAGCGCCGGCCCUGGGCUGCGAAGGUGCGACUCAGGGGCAGGGCCCAGGAGGAGGCUCAGGCAAGCCUUUUAGGGUCCCACGGUGCUACGGUGGGGUGGGGCCAGGCUGCGUCUCAGAGCACCUGGCCCUCACCAGCCACGCUGGCUGGACCCCACGCCAGGAGACGCGCGGUCUGUGUGUGUCUGCGCCUCCGCUCCCAGCCCCCCACCCCGUCCCUCCUGGGCCUCCUCAGAGGGUGAGGGGCGGUGCCCGCAUCCCGCUCUGAGGAGCCGCACGUCCAGACCCCAGGGGCGGUGGAGUCCAGCCUGCAUCCAGGGCUGCACCUGGAGGCCAGCAUUACUAAUAGGAUAGCCUUUUCUGUUGUCAUUUAACGUCUUCAUUCCUGCCUUGAAAAUGGGCGAGGAGGUUCCAUAAGCUACAGGUCUCCUAGUUAAGCUCUUCCUAUCGUGUUCAUGCGGUUUUGUUUGUUAUACUCUGCACCUUACACCCCACCUCUGCCCCCCCACCUUCCAAGCAUGGCUGCUGUGGGAGGAGGCCUGGGCCCAGGGACCAGUGAGGGGACAGAACCCCUGGGAACCCCCUGGAGGCCUGCAGCACUGGGCAGAGGGCCGGGGACAUUUUAAUCAUCAAUAAAUGAAGCACUUUAUUCUCUACA